AGGGCGCUAUAUUUUAAAUGGCCGCAUUCAUGUUGCCUGGAUUUUGUAAAUAAAGGUAGUCCUUCAGCAUGUUCGGUUCAUAAUUAGGUCUCCUAUUCAAUAAUUCUUGAGGAUUGCAAGUAUGGGGAAUGCUGACUCCAUACUUCCUCCAGAAAAAAUUGCUGAACUAGAAAAGAGAACACAUUUUAAAUCGAAAGAGAUUGAGAAAGUGUUGUCAUACUACGCACAGUAUGAUAGGUCACCAAAUGGUCAAGAUGGAAUACCAAUGGAGGAUCUCUCAGAUAUUGCAGAGCUCUGUGGAUGUCCUUUCUUUGAAAGACUUGCAUAUGCGUACUUAGAAAGGCCAGCUAUGAACCUCAAGGCAGAACCCUUCCUUCAGAUAUUCUCCUUCUUGAGCUCACGUGCAUCAGUAGAAGAAAAAAGCAAGGCACUCUUUGAUUGUCUGGACUGUAGUCAUGAUUGCAGCCUUGGAUUUGAUGAGCUAUUUCGCUUCUACAAGUGUAUCUUGAACCCUGCUGUAGAUGAUGAUUACAUUAUUGAUUUGGUGGUCCGCAUCCUUGAGAGACCAGAAAUAAAACAGGAGCAUCGUGUGUCAUUUGAAGAGUUCCAAAAGCUGAUAUCGACAGAAGAAAUCAAGGAGAAAAUGACAGUGGACCUUCAGUUAGCAAUAUGAUGUUCGAAAAUUAAAACAUUUUUGCUUUGAGUAGUUCAGUGCAAUAAAGUCAACAGAAAAAUUCACACUGACCAAAUUAUUAACCAGAUUAACAUAUAUUAGUGUUGUCAGCUGGAUCAAAUUAUGGUUAUUAUUGUUUUCACUGAGGAUUAAAAGUUUAGGUUCAUUUUUCAGCUACGAAGAGGCCUUGCAAGGUACAUUAAGUUUUCAGAGUGUUUCAGACAUAAUGUUAAUGGUAACAUUCAAAGCAGUUUUUCAAGAGAAACACAUAAAACGGUUGAAACGUCUUUAAUGUUGUAAAAAUGUUAAACUGGUAGCAAUCAAAAUAUUUCAUAAUAAAUUGUAUAAAAUAACACGCAGCUGACAUGUUUGUGGUUUUACAGGUAUCCAGUGCUGUGCAAGUACCCAUUAACAAACUAAAACUCGUUGAUGAAUGUAAGUGAAAUGGACCGGGAGUAGUGAGUAAACUGAAAGCACAAUGCGGUAAUUAAAACUGCUUAAACAUGUAACUGCAAGUGUAGUAAAUUUCUUCAAAUUCUUACAAAUAAACUGAGUAAUAUGCAGAAUGGAAAGUAGUGGAAAAACUUCGA